UACAAUAAUGAACUCAGUAUUCAAACUCCAGCAGGGGUUCACGGACUUUAAGCAUGUGGCACUACUCCAACAUUUCAUUUGUCAUUUUGCUUUUGUUUCUUCAGAAAGGUACAGGAGCUCCUACCCAGGAGCAGCACCCUGAUCCAGCUUAUGAGCAGCAUACAGUUCCAGGUAGCCCUGACAACCCAAAUCCAAAUAGACCACACAAAGAUUCCAUUUCACCACCUUCCAAGAAUACAGCUCCAUUGCCAGCUCAUAAUGAAGUAAAAUCUCAAGCGCAUGAUGAUAAUGCUAAUAGAAAUGCAGCACCCUCCUCAAAGCCAGCUUCACAUGAAGCUUCUGGUAACGCAGCAGCUCCUUACAAGGACAAAGCUCCUGAACCAAAGCCAGCUCCAAAAGAAGCUACCGCUCCAUAUAAGGAAACAGCUACCAACCCUGAGCCUGCUCCGUAUAAAGCUCUUUCCCCAGCCCAUGAUGAAGCUCCUUACAAGGAAAGAUCUCCUAAUUCAGAAGCAGCUCCUUACAAGGAAGCUCCUAGCUCAGAAUCAGUUCCCUAUGAAGCUUCUCCCAAACCCUAUAAAGAAGCUCCUGCUUCAGAAUCAGCUCCAGUUAAAAAUGAGACAGCUCCUCACAUGGAUGCAAGUCCUCGCCCGGAAUCAGCUCCAUAUGAAGCUUCUCCCUUGCCCCAUGAUGAAGCUCCUUACAAAGAUCCAGCCCCUGCUACUGAACCAGUUCCAGCUAAAAAUGAGGCAGCUCCUUACCAGGAUGUAACUCUUCACCCAGAACCAGUUCCAUAUGAAGCUUCUCCUUCAGUUGAGCCUUCUAAUAAAGCAGCCGCUUCUUAUAGGGAGACCAAUAAUCCAACAAGAGCUGAUAUAACAACAGCAUAUUCAGACGCUGCAGCUGUUAAAACAACUCCAGCGUCCACCAGAGUACCAUACAAGAAGAUUACACAUCAAGAGUUGCCUAGUGUUGGUGAAGGUAUUAUGGAACUCAUGAAAUCUGAUAAAAGUCAGAUUGAUGCUUUGAUGAAAGCUAUGCUCUCAGGGUUAGACAGGACAUACAAUGAAUUGAAGAUUCAUAGUUUGAAUAAAUACUGAGGAGAAUCAAGACCAGUUUGUGUAUUUCUUUCAAGAAAAAUUGAAGAGGAAUAAGGACAGUAUAUUAGUAAUUAGUAUGUGAAUUAGUAUCUAUUUUACCAUAUAAAUAUAUAAUAUACUGAUAUCAUUUAAAAA